GGCAGGCAGGCAGUUGCUGGAACCGUCAAAAUUUCUGAAAUCUGACCGUCCUCCUCCGACUGCUGAUGGAGCUUGCAAAUAAACGGAGGAGAAGAUGGCGAUGGCGAUGGAUAGGGAUAUGGAUCUGGAUGGAAAAGAUGCUAACAAAUGGAAGGAGGAGGGAGUAUGUGGAGGAGAGAUCGAGAGGGAGGGCAGAGAUGGGAGCGGCAAUCGCUUGGCAGCGGAGAUGAUGACCAUGCCAUUGGGAGCACAAGGAGCGGCGACAGCGAUGGCGAUGAGGGCAGCAGCAGAGGAGGAGGGUGGUGGUGGUGUGCAGAGCGGUGGCAGGAGAGCGAGUGGGUGCUGUUGGCGCCACGAGACAGAGAGUCUUCUUCUCUGGAGACUGCAGUUGCAGCAGGAGCUAGUGGAGCUGAGGGACUUCCUCUGCCUGAAGAGGCAAACGGAGAAGAACGAAUGCAAAGGAGCACUUCUGCCACCGUUUCGUGCAGCGUGUCCUCUGGCAAGGGAUACUGCGGAUAGGACGAACCCCCCUCUCUUUCAUGCGAUUCCUAAUUAUAAAGGCGAUGACUUCUCUAGAGAAGGGAGUGCUUCGCCAAUCGCAGGGACAAUGCGGCGGCCGGAUGGUCACGACGCCCGGAUGUGUGAUCAGAAUGCUGUGGUGCGUAUGUCAGAAGCAGAAGAUGUGUCGUCGAACCAGCUCGCCGAAGUUCAGCGAUGGCAGCAACAGCAGGGCAUUGUCCACGGUGGUGGUCCUGGUGAUCCCAGUGGUGUGGGUUCUGGUUCAACCAGAGUGCACGGAGGGGAGGCAUUAGACACUGUGCUCGAUCGUGGAUUGGCAGGUGGCGGGAUGAACAGUAGAGGACGUGACUUGUCAAAACGUGGGCGGCUGCAGAGAAGAAAGAAACCAGCGGAGGAGGUAGUGGGAACGAGAACAGGUGUUGGCCAAGUCGGCAAGGAAGCUAAGGUAUCAGAUGACAGAAGUCAGGUCAUCAGAGCUCAAGUGGGCGAUGAACGCAGGGUUGUCGGCGGAGAAUCACUCAUAGUGCGUGGGUGGACGGAGUCUCCAUCACCCGGGGAGGAAACAAUGGGUAGCGUUGGUUUCGCAUGCGUGAAUGAUCCGCAAGAGAGAAGAGAGGAGGGGGAGGGCUUCGGUGCUACUUUGGCGAAAGGAUGCAGCACGGGUGUCCCCAAGAAGAAGAGGCGAAGUAAGCGGGGCCGAAGAGUCUGGAACGUGGAGAGGGAGAGGGGCGUUUGCACGACACCGGCAGACGAGCCCGAAGCUGAAGGUGGAGUAGACCGUAAAAGACAAUGUGUUGAGGGAAAAAGGGGAAAGAAAGGGCUGCCCGUGGAGGAAGGAGGGAAAGAGUCAGAACAAGGGGAGGGGCGUGAAACUGGACAAGCGGCCGCAAAUGAGGGCACUGAAGGACAGAAAUCGUCCGAGGAGCAGUUGGGGAUGAGAGGAACAUCUGGCAUUGUUGCCUGUUUCACACACGAGGAUCGUCUGGACACGGCGACCCGGAAAUUGCACAUGUACACCUCAAAUGGCCACGAGUCUCCACCUCAAGUGGAUGGACCCGUUGCAGAGCCUCUGUCAAUUUUCUCUACGGACACUUCUAUCACCUCUGCUCAUAGGACUGCAUCCCACGAGACCUUGGCCAAGGGAGAAGUGGUGGAACCGACAGAAAAGAAAAUGGCACGUGACGCGGAAGGUAGAGGCAGCGGUGAGGAGGUCGCAGAUCGAGAUCCAGAGUUAGAGGAUUCACAGGAUGAGAUUGUGCCGGAGACUCCGGAAAAGGACUACGACAGUCGUAAGGAAAGAGUCAGAUUGGGUUUGAGCAGGAGGAGGGGCAGAGCGGGAUCAAGCACGGGCUUGGACCUGCUUGCAAGUAAUGGGCCUGGCAAUUCCCAGAGACAGCUAUUCUUCUCAAGCUACUAUGAACAACAGGACCAAGAGGAGGGGAAGCAGGAGCCGAUCGGGCAAGAAAGAAUGCGCGAACGGACCGGAAAAGAGUGUUGGCCCAAGGAUGCCUUGGAUGGCCAUGCAGCAGCGGCUGUCGAUUAUGGAUCUAAGGACAGUAAUCUCGUUGCCUGUAGGGGCAAUCUAGGAGGUCGGUCGGAUUUCUGCAAGUCGAAGGCCUCCAAGGAUGGAAGGACAAGUCAUCCUUCUGUGCUUGGUGGUGAUGGCAAAGGCAAAGCGAAUGCGACCUUGCAUAUUGCAGAAUGCCAAGAGCUUUUGAAACAACGAACCGGCAAUAGAGUUGUGUACAGGAGUCUUGAAGACAAGGAUUUGGAUGUCGUUUCCUCAUGCAUGAAUGCGGAUGUGAAUGCUGGGCAGGUUCGGGAAGUUGAGUGUGUCUCUGUGACUAACGGUAGUGAUGAGAAGGAAGGUAGUUAUGGACAACAAGGAAAACAGCCGAGUGGUUGCAGCAUUGCCGCCCCCAACCAAAUAUCUGCGACAGCCGGGCGUGGGGGUGGUGAAGACCUCGGCGAUCGAAUUGAGAAAGACGAGGUCCUCGAUGGAGAAGGAGAAUCGGGCAGUCGGCAAGAACAGCGAGACGCAGCUAGAGGUCUGAGGCAAGCUGAGGCAGCUCUAGCACAGGGGAGGAAUGUGGGAGAUGAAGUCUUGAUGGUCCUGUCCGGCAGAGAUCGGUCAGGAAACUCCACGGAGAAAUACGCACGAGCAGUUCCGGUGCUGACAGGAGAGGCAUUAUUAUUUGGUUCCAGUUAUGGGAAGCCUGAUCAUGCUGCAGAGGAGUGUGGUGCAACUUGUGCUGGUGGUUCUAGCAAAAGUGAAGCAGACGAGGAGAGAGAAGGAGAUGCUUGCACCGAGCAGGGGGUUGUGGUUGCAAGGGGAGAGCACGGGUGGAAUCAUCAGAAUGCUCAAGAUGGUCACAGACAUGUGGGGGGGGCAGAUGCCAACACGAGGGGAAUGUGUGUCAGCAAUCCUUGUGAGCCUGAAGGGGCUGGCGGGGCACUACCGGUGGGGUGUAGAGAGGAGUGGGGUGGCGAACGGGAAGAGGGAGCGGAUGUGGCUGAGGAAAGAGAUGGGAUGCGGCUGAGUUCGAGCCUGCCGUGCACGCACAAGGGGCGAUGCCGGUGGCAUCGCAGUGCCAGAGUGGGAAAGGGCAGGGGAGGAAGAGUACCAACUGCGUCUGGUGGGAUAAGUCCUCAGAACCGCUCACAGCUGCACGUCAAACGGAGGCACAGCGGUGCUCAAUAUGGCAGGAACGACCUCAGCAGGUGGAAGAGGUCGCGUAGACAAUCUCCAGAAGGAAUUCCGCACGAACUGGAUCUUGCGGAAGAUAGCAAGGUAUUGAGCAGAGAGGAGGCACGGCGCGCCGCUGGAGGAGCGGCGGGGGACUCUGUAAAGGAGUUGGGAGAGAGGGAUGGUCAAGUAAUACCCUUGGCUGAAUCGAUAUGCAUUGAAGCCUCCACUCCAGAUGCGGAGAUAGAAACGCAGCCGACACAGCACCAAGGUGGAACAGACAGUCUGCUGAUCCCUAUGGCGAUGAAUCAUCGGUCUGGUAGUCAUGUCGGUGGAGAUGAAUCCGAACACAGAAAGUCAGCUCAAUGUCUGCACCGCCGACGCAAGGACUCGUGUUUGGAUGUCACUGCAGAUCAACCUGACGUUCCCGUGGAACUGCAACUAGAUGGUGGAAUCGUGGAAAGAUGUGGGAGGAAGGAGGUGAAUGGUGCAGCGAGUUGUCACGAGGAUAAAGGCAUGGCAGUAAUGUCACAUGUUUGUGGCUUGGGGGUUUGCGAGGAGGAUGGCAGCUCAAGGCAGGUGGAUCGGGAGACGGACGCUGCACGUCUGGAUAGAACUGACAUAGCCAUUGCCGUGGGUGAGUUGCAGGCUUGUCAGUCAGUGCCCGCGCCUCCUCCAUCGCAUCAUAACGAGAGUGACACCUGGUUGGGAUCUAAGAUGCAAUCCGUUCUUGAGGCUUCUGUACAUGGGGGUGUUGAAAGCAACAACUGUCCACCUGUGGAACAAAUUGAGGGGUGCAGCGCAUUCUGGCCCUUGUUCUGCCUUGAUACCCCAGGCCGGGUCAUCGCGUUGGUGCUGCAUGCGAUACCUGGGGUGAAGGCCAUGUUGGGUGUAUGCUGUGAGGUGGAGAAGAGCGGCGUGGGAAUUGUGAUGAUGGUAUUUGAACUGGCAGAGGAAUGGAUGACAAGCUCAGGGAAACAACUGGACAGCACUCCAUCUCUCGUACAGUGUUUGAGGCUCAAAGAAAUGGAUAGAGUAUUGGCCGAUGGUGGAGAUCAGUGCGUGAGGCUUGGCAGAUAUGAUGGAUUGUCUUUUAUACCAGCUGGGAAUGGUGUGGCUUUCAGCAGCUGCUUCUCUGUGUUUGAGGAAGACUGUUUUGUUGUGGCAGAAACGAGCAGAGAGGAAUCGGAGCUCCCGGGAGGAGGACGAGGAGGGUGGGAUGAGGGUGGGAAGGGCUGUUGCGUGCAGGUGGUUUGCUGGGAAGAAGGCCGGAAAGGUCUUGCGAUGCUGAAGGUUCGUAGCAGGCUGAAAACACCAAUUUGCGUCCUGGUUGUUGCACCAUGUAAGCUGGUGCUCGCGGGCGAGGAAGGGCGCAUAGAAGUCUGGAAUAUGGAGAAGGAUUGGCGGGAAAGUGAAGGAAGCUUCAUUCUUAGUGGUGAUGGAGCUAGGUGCCCACGUGUACCUCCAAUUACAGGGCUAGUGCCACUGGCAGGAUCCUCGGAUGUCAUUCUGAGCUGUGGGCAUGGAGGAUCUCUUGUGCUGUGGGAUCUGAAGAAGCGGAUGUCACGUUUCCUGUGCUUCAUUCCCGGUCAGCAAUUUCUCUGCGUCCAUCCGCUUCACAUGGCUGCAGACAGAACCACUUGCGCUCCAGAAGCAAACGGGCGUUCAUCAGAUCGAGAGCAGAUUGGAGUUGGAGGUGGAAUCAGAAAGCAAGGACAGAUCAAACCGUCGCAUGGUCAUGAUGGUGGCACUGGAAGUGGUUGCUGUGAAAUGACAAGCACACCCCCAGCAGUUAAACCACAGUCAAUUCUGGCAGGCAUGGACAGUGGACAAGGGGAAGGCAGUGAUCAGUCCUCCAUUGUAUUGCUGAUAAUGUGUGCUUCGGACACAUGCCGUACAGGAAAUGAGAUGUCGGCCCUGUCGGUCCCAAAGAAUCGUGAGCAUCAGGAGGCGAUGCUUCUCAGUGGCUCCUUCGUGCAAACACAUAAUAACGACUGCUGCUCCCCUCCUCCUCAUGUUCAAGACACGUCAGAUGACCAUCAUCAGUAUGCAAACUACUCUUGUCGAAUCGCGCACCUCCGCGAGCGAAGUGGAGUCUCUCUGGGUCCGGUAUUGAAGGACAGGGUGACUGCUGUUGCUUGUCUGGGGCAGUGUGCACUUCUGGCAACAGCAGAUGGGAGAAUCGACGUCUGGGAGUUGAGCUCCGGCAAAGGAAUCGUCAGCCUCUGUGAACUGAGAGGGUCUAUUGUGACGAUCAUUGCUGUGCAUCCAGCUGCGGGGCUAGUUGCAGCAGUGGGUUCAAAGAACCGUAUCAUUUUGUAUAGGAUGUGAUGACACUGGGGGGCAAGAUCGACACUGAUCAGCAAGAUUGUCAGCACUGCAGCCCUUGUAUGAUGUGUGGCGUCGCUGGUUAGCAAGGUCGUUAGCUGCAGCCCCUUGUACAAUGUGUGUAUUACUCACUUCUCACUUUGGUUGCCGAUGUUCGGUCGGACGGCCUGCGCAUGUGACAAGAGGUAUCCGACUGAACUUGUUCAACUUUUUCACAGUUUGUCUUCGUCACCAUUUUACAUCUUCAAGA